CAGAGGUUUGAUGAGAACACCCCUCCACACUCCGCCCUCCACCCAGGCUCCCCCUACUCCCAGCUGGCCCACUUCCCCAAAAUCCUUUUCCCCGGAGGACCCUCGCCCCACCACCUCGCCCUCCUCCGUCCCCCGGGGACCCACCCCUCUACCUCCCACCUCACCUCCCCCCCACACUCAGCUUCCCUUCCCUCCCUAUCCUAAACUCCCCACGUCCUCCCCGUCCUCCUCCUCCACCACCUCCUUCACUCAAACCUCUGACACCUCCAAGUUGCAGCGACUGGUCCAGAAGUUGGAGAAGCAGCCCCAGGGUGGGGGCCAGUUUUCCUCCUGCGGCCCAGCAGACGGCUCCUCAAACGGGGAAACCCACGGCCACGACCUGACCACAAGCUCCAGCGCCUACCGCAGGGAGAUGAUGGCAGCCCUGGGCCUUGGCCCCAACCCAAACACUGAGGCCAUGGUGAGCAGCCGGGGACAGGGUCUCCCUGUAUCCAACAAUCCCGCCCUGGCCCCUAACCAGUGUGGGGUGUGCCUGCGGGUGCUCUCCUGCCCCAGGGCCCUGAGUCUCCACCAGGCCACCCACCUGGGCGAACGCCCCUUCCCCUGUAAACUGUGUGGACGCUCCUUCUCCACUAAAGGAAGCCUGAGGGCCCACCUCGCCACCCACCGUGCACGCCCGCCCAACGUCCGCACCCAGAACUCCUGCCCGCUGUGCCCGCGCAAGUUCACCAAUGCCCUGGUGCUGCAGCACCACAUCCGCAUGCACCUGGGGGGCCAGAUACCCCCAGGGGGAGAGGGGGAGGAAGGUACAGAUAUGACCCAAGAAGAUCUGGGCCAAAUGACCACAGCCUCUCCAUCCAAACCCUCCAGCCUCCAAGGCCUGCACCCCCUGGCUUUAAAAAUGACCAGCUCCAUCUCUAACCCUGACUCGCUGGUCAGCAGCUUAGACUUCGGAGGUCCGGCUACCAAGCAAUCCCAGGCAGCUGACCCGAGCCCACCUAUAGAGGGGGAGUGUGAACCCUCGCCCUCCACGGACAGCAUUAGCCCACCUCUGACCCAUAAUCCCUCCCCAGAAGACCCCGUGCUCCUGGGGGAAAGAUCUGAGUCAGACUCCGGCCCAUCUGCAGCCUAUCUGGAAGACUUGCAAGACUCCCCAGCUGACCUUUCGAACACCAGCCCAAUUAGUCUACCCAAGACAUCCUUGACCAGCUCCUUGCCAGCCUCAGUGGGGAAUGGUGAGGAAGAGGAGGAGGAAAACAUCCCUCUUGCCCUCUGUGUCUUUAGACCAGCUUUGGAUACUGAUGGUAGUAGGUCAGGAGGGCUCAUCAAUGGCUCUGGCUCAACCACAGUGAACCAGACGAACUCGCCAGAUGGACUCAUCUGCAGUCCUGAAUCUGAUUCCACCCCAAAAUCCCCUGCCACCCUCAACCCUUCACCCACGCUCACCCCUCCUGCCAGCCCUGAAGCAGCUUCAGAGCCAGCCCAGUCCCCCAGUAUCACCCCACCGGAGCCCAGUCCGGAAGGGGAGACAGACCCACUUGAAGGGGCAAGUGAGAGCACAGCAUCCGGAGAAACCUCAUCGGUCGAGGGGCCUGAGAGAGAGGAGCAGACCCCUAGCUCCACAGAGGAGAGUGACAGGGCUCCAGAGGAACCAGAGGCCUCCCAGCUAGCCACCCCAGCCUUAACGCCCUCCAAACCCUACUCCUGCACCCUGUGUGGGAAGGCAUACGCCAGUCGCAGUGGAUUAAAGGGACACAUGAAGACACACCCUGUGUUGACCAACGUUCCCACCGAGACCCCUCCUCCCGCCACCCUGACCAAUGACAAUGAAACUACGGAGGAUCCGAGUUCGGUCUCAGCAAAUGGAAAGGAGGAUGAAAAGUAACGAUUGGCCAAAGCUCCUGAGAAACGUGUUACCUUAGAGAAUCAGCCAAUCACUGCUGCAUCUGGGAAGGAAGCAGAGAAACCUGUGGACAAGUAAAAAGACAUGAUUGGCUGCUUAAUGGCACCAGUCAGUUUUUUCUAAGGCCCUGACAAGGGAAUGUAUUUUCUUCAUAUAAUUAGAAUUGAUUCUAGAAUGAUUGAUUUUAAUUCUGUGUAGUUUUGGUACUAGUCAGUUGGGUCUAUUUUGUCUAUGGUAGAAGGCUAGAUUGUUGUGACGUUUUAAUUCAGUCGGCAUGGUUACGAUAUCACUAUCUCAAAGAACACAACGAGGCCUUAUUGACCACAUGAUGUCACAGAAUUGUCUUGUAGUGUAACGGCAACCAGUGUCGUUAUCUGUGUUGGAUCGCAAUUGAAUAGAUGAGCAGGGAUGUAUGUUUUAGAGAGCAGCUAGUUCUAGUCAAACAUAUGAAUGAAAUUCACAUUUUGAAUUUUAAAAUGGGGAUGAAGUGGGAGGAGGAAAAUGUGUUUUCACUCUUUAGGAUCCACGGUACGAUCUCCAUACCAAAACAGGCCGCCGUAGUAGUGGCCGUUUCCUUGUAUAUAUUAACCCUGUUACAAUGUGUAGUUCUUUUUUCUACUGACUUUUUAAACUGUCUUGCUGCUGUACUGAUGUUUCAAUGGAGUUGCACUGACUGUGUACACUACUGUCUAUACAUCCAUUGAAACAAGAGAUUAUGAUGGUGAUCAUGAUAGCGUUACAUUGACCAGUCCGUAUAUACAAUGUAUUUUGGCAAUCCUGGUUCCUGCUGUUGUGAGUGACCAUACAGCAGGAACCUGAGAAAUGAACAAUGAUGACUUAUAUCAGUGAUUGUAAUUGGUUUAUCCAUAAUUUAUUGGAUAUAUCUGCACAGGGACAUACAGAAGUAGCCUGACAGCCAAAUAGAUUGUGUUAUGUUUCACUGUUGUGAAGUUUUGGUACCAGGCUGGUGUUGAAGUAUAGCAGAAACUGGUGUAUAAAUCAACUGAACCUCCCGAGGACCAGGAGGAACUAUGUCAGAUGGAUAACCUCGUCCCUCCAUGUCUGUUGUCUCUUUCCUCUUCCCUUUCUCUCCUCCUCUUCCCUCUCACCCUCCCUGCUGUUCCCUCUUACCCCCUCUCCCUCUCUCUCUCAAAGCACUUGAGAGUUCAAGUUUUCUGCCCUGCAGAAAUUGUCUGCUCUGUGUCCUACAUUAGAUCAGUUUAGUUUUACUAGUUUAUUUUGCCUUCGUAUGUUUUUUCCCAACCAUUGUUUUUUUUGUUGUAGUUAUGAUGAUAACACGUGCUUCCCAUAUUUGUUUUAUGUCAAAAACAGAAAAUAAAAAACUUCUGAUGG